AUGUCAACCUACUUCAACCCCAUCAUCCCCGGCUGCAACCCUGACCCGUCCGUCGUGCGAGUCAACAGGGACUUUUUCCUAGUGACUUCAAGCUUCGAAUACACCCCAGGAGUCCCGGUAUACCACAGCAGAGACCUUAUUUCUUGGACCCUCAUCGGUCAUGCCCUGACGCGGAAGUCUCAGCUUGACAUUCGCACCCCCGAGCCCGGCGGUGGCGUCUGGGCAACGACGAUCCGCUGGCAUGACGGCUUUUUCUACAUAUUCACGGCCAGCAUUGAUCGGUUCCGACCACAGUACGACGAGAGGAUCUGGUCGCAUGGCUUCUACGUUUCUACGAGGGAUAUAUGGGACUCGGAAUCCUGGUCUGACCCGGUGUAUUUCGACCAGAUUGGGUUCGAUCAAGAUGUCUUCUGGGAUGAUGACGGCACCGUCUACCUCAGCAGCACGUACCAGAAGGUCAAUCGCAGUGACCCUCCCAAGAAAGAUCUGGCGGUGCACAUCUGCACGGUAGACUUGGUGACGGGGAGAUCGACCUCCAUUCCGCAGCUCCUUCGCGAGUCUUCCAGCGGUGUCAGUGAAGGAUCACAUCUCUUCAAGCGCGGGAAAUACUAUUAUUUGAUAACUGCGGAAGGUGGCACCGAGGGUGGACAUUCUGAGUAUGUGUUUCACAAUCGCACCGGGCCGCUGGGAGCCUGGGAGGCAUGUCCCCAUAACCCGGUGCUCUAUAAUGGGCUAGAUAACGAAGUGCAGAGUACUGGACACGCGGAUCUAUUCGAUGAUGCAGAGGGCAAUUGGUGGGCAGUGCUUCUAGGGACAAGACCGAGUAAGACGGGGGAUGUAUGGGAGGAAUCUGUGUUUGGCCGCGAAACAUUCCUGAUUCCCGUGCAAUGGCACGAUGACUGGCCUGUAUUCAACGAGGCGCUGGAGGUUUCUCUGAGGGCUCGCGGGCCAGGACUAUACGAGCAUUCAAUCCCAGCGGGAUGGAGAGACAAUUUCAACGAAGCUACUCUGCAGUUGGGCUGGUACAGGAAAAACACUCCCAAGAAAACCGACUACACACUCACCGAGCGGCCGGGCUAUCUCCGACUCUAUGGCAGCGCCUACCCUCUUUCCGUGCCCGCCAGUCCGACCCUCUUUCUGAGGAAACAGACCCAUCAGGCUGUUCGCUGGAGAACCCAAGUCUCUUUCUUCCCUCGCUCCAAACACACCGAGGCCGGAACUGUCCUCUGGUGGGACUACUUCACAUUCAGCCGGAUUGGAAUCUGCAUGGAUUCUACCGGUGCGCGGAUUGCGCGUUUUGUGUCCCCAGAUGGCGCGACGGUGGAGGAGAUACUGCCGGAUGCUGACUCUGGCGCAAUAUAUUUUGUCAUUGACUGCGAUGCGGAGUAUCGGCUCGGUUAUGAGGUUCCUUCGAAAAGAGAGAAGGAUGUCAAGUGGCUGGGGAGUGUUUCGCGCGCGGUGAUGACACGCCACCCUAGGAUUGGAAGGCCAAAUACGGGCAUGAUGCUGGGAGUCUAUGCUUUUGGGGAUAAGGAGCAGUGCCUGGAGCCGGCGGACUUUGAGUUCGCUGAGUUUGAGCCACUUGGUGAGGUUCUGUAG